AGCCUCAGCGACGUCGUCAGUUGGCUCUUGACUCUCCCACGCUGCAGUCGGUGGUUCUGUCCGGAUUCAGACCCGGAAUCCGAAUCGGCAUCGGCAUCGGAAUCGGAAUCUUGCCCGGAUUGUGAAGCAGACUGAGAGGUAUUUUUAGUGCUUGCGUGCGGAAUUUUGUUGGUGUCAAAGUUAAACAUUUUACGUGAGAUUGCAAGGACAUGCGAAGAAGCAGCAGCAACUCAAAAAGAAUAAUUGCAGCAGCAAUUGCAACACAAGAAGUAAAAUAAACAGCAUAGCAGCAGCAGCAACAGCAACAGCAACAUUUGCUGCAAGUGCAGAACCAACAGCCGUCGCCGCCGCCAAGUUCAAAAUCAACGCCUGACAAUGACAAAAGCAGCGACGUGGCGCCUACCAAGCCCAAACAUAAUAGCAGUAGGUGCAGCAGCAGCAGCAGCAGCAGCAGCUGCAGCAACACCAAUCAAACCAGUAGCAGCGGCACCAACAGCAACGCCAGCAACAGCAGCAACAACAGGAGGAGCAGCAGCAACUGCAGCAAAUGCAGCAACUAAAGCAAUAACAAUCAAUGGGCCGCAAACGACAAGGCGACGUCAACGAGGCUGCACAACAGCAACACCAACCAUGCAGCAGCAACAGCAGCAACAACAGCAGCAGCAACAGCAGCAACAACAGCAGCAACAACAUCAACAAUCGUACUUGCAACGCCUGGGGGCGUGGCUGCCACCGAUGACGUCGAUGUGGCUUUGGCUGCCAACUUACCCAAUCGCCCGGCUGCUUUUGGCCCUCUGCCUGCUGGGCUGCCUCAGCCCCUUUACAGCUGCACUCGAAGAGGAUUGCGUUGACUUUCAGGGCAACAAGGUAAACCACGGAAUGCUGUACGUGCCCGGACCCGGAGUUUGUAGCCUCUGCGUCUGCUACCACUCCGAACCACUCUGGUGCAAGGCCAUCUACUGUGAUCCGCCCUACUUUUGCAAAAACUUUCGGGUCGGCGAACGUUGCUGUGAGUUCGAAUGUUUGGAUCCGCCUGGCGAGGACAAACUGUACCAGGAACGAAUGCGAAAGAGGGCCGAGAUAUUGGCCGGGAACAGUACAGCCUCGAAUGUGCAACUCGCCCCGAUAGCCAUGUCCACCAUAAUGCUGGGAUUUCUGGGCAACAGCUUCAUGAACUUAUAACUUGACGUCAAAUAGCAAGAGAUGGAGAUGAAUUUAUGGCGAUGCUAAGCGAAGCGAAAUCAGAACCUCCUCAUUUUUUUGUGGCUCCUAAGGUGUAGGACUCUCUUGAAAAUUAUUACAGUGUAAUAAGCAAAAACCCAGGCCAGAUAUACACAGCGAUUUGUCUGAGCAUUAACUUUAGAGGAAGCAAAAUGCAUCGUGUCAUCGAUGCGUAGGUUUUCACUUAUAUAUCCCCAGACUUAUAAUAGGUACAAUAACAAUUUCAAAAGGACAUGGAACAGGUAGAGUUGGGAUAAGG